AUGACAGUUUGUCUUCAUAUCUAUCCCUUUUUAUUUGUUGUCAUUUAUCUAUGCUCAUUCUGUUCAGAUCUAUCUGUCUAUCACUAUCUACUGUCCUUUUCUUUCUUUCUUUUUUUUUUUUUUAAAUCAUAUCAUUAUCUAUCUGAGACUUCCCUGUCUGAGUGUCCAAGAUCCGUGGAGAAAUCGUCCAACUCCUUUCUUUCCUUCUCUCGUUUUUUUUCUCUUCUUCUUUCCUUUUCUCUUUCAUUUAUUUUUUUUGUUUAUUCUUUUUUCUUUUCUCGUUUUUCUUUGUUUUUUCUUUCUUUUUAUCGUUCUUUCACCUUACUUUUUGUUUUUUCUUUCUUUUUUUUCGCCGUUCUUUUCUUUUUUCUUUCUUUUUUUUUUCUUUCUUUCUUUUUUUUCUUUCUCCUUUUCUUUCCUUUUUCUUUUCUCUUCUCGUUUUUUUUCUUUUUCUCUUUUUCUUUCCUUUUCUCGUUUUUUCUUUUUUCCUUACGUUUUUCUUUUUACUUUCCUUUCUUCGUUUUUCCUUCCUCGUUUAUUCUUUUUCAUUUUUCUUUCUUUUCCUCGUUUUUUCUAUUUUAUUUCUUUUUCUCCUUUUAUUUUUCUUUCCUUUCCCGUUCUUUUAUUUUCUUUUUUUUCUUCCCUUUUCUCGUUUUUAAUUUUCUUUUUUCUUUUCUUUUUUUGCUUUUCUUUCUUUCUUUUUUUCUUCAUUUCCUUUCUUUUAUCCGUAAUUUUCUUUUUAUGUUUUUCUUUCCUUUACUCGUUCUUUUACUUUUUGUUAUCUUCCCAUUUCUUACUCUUUCCUUCCUUCCUUCCUUUUUAUUUUCCUUUUCUCAUUCAUUCCCCCUUUCUUUCUUUCUUUUUCUCUUUUUUAUUUUCUUUAUUUCUCUUCCAAUAUCUUUCGUUCUUCUCUUCUUCAUUAUCUAUUUAUUUGUCUAUCUAAAGUCAUUAUUUAUCUAUAUUCAUUAUCUAACUAUCUAUAUAGAUAUCUAUCUAUAUUAUCUAAGUCCAUUAUUUAACUAUCAUUACAAAAUUCCUUCUUCACUUAUUCUCUUUCCUGAAAUUCACUUACUUCAUACAUCUAAGUUCAUUAUCUAUUUAUUUUUAAUUAUCUAUCUAAUUUCAUUAUCUAUAUUUAUUAUCUAUCUAAAUUUAUUAUUUAUAUUCAUUAUCAAAAUUCAUUAUCUAUAUUCAUUAUCUAUAUUCAUUAUCUAUCUAAAUUCAUUAUCUAUAUUCAUUAUCAAUAUUCAUUAUCUAUCUAAAUUCAUUAUCUAUAUUCAUUAUCAAUAUUCAUUAUCUAUCUAA